GAGCCUGCACGCGAGGCGGGGCUGCUCGGCUGCGUGGUCUGUCUGGUCUGUAAACACCCGCGGGCGAGUCCCCGCUGCGUGUCCGCUCGGACCGCCGGGCGUGAGGCUGCGUCUCUGUGUGUCACCGACACACACACACACACACACCGAUAUGAACUCGGCUUCGACGUGCGUGUCAUGGCUUAAAAAUAGAGGCUAAUCCGUCAGCCGGUCUCGCAGCGGCAGCGGGUGGGGGCGGCGGCGGCGGCGGCGGCAGGAGAGUCAUGGCCGUGGCGCUGGCUGCACCUGCCAUCGGCCUCCGGGACUGAGACCCCGCGCCGCGCUCGCACCGAGCAACAGCUACCUGGAGACAGACCCAUCAUCAGUGCACCCACCCCUGCAGCCGCCUCUAAGAUGUGCCCUGGCAACUGGCUCUGGGCCUCCAUGACUUUUAUGGCCCGCUUCUCCCGGAGCGGCUCACGGUCUCCUGUUCGCACUAGAGGGGCCCUGGAGGAGAUGCCAGCUGUUCCGCAUCCCUUCCUCAACGUCUUUGAGUUGGAGAGGCUCCUCUACACAGGCAAGACCGCCUGUAACCAUGCCGAUGAGGUCUGGCCGGGCCUCUACCUCGGAGACCAGGACAUAGCUAACAACCGCCGGGAGCUCCGCCGCCUGGGCAUCACCCACGUCCUCAAUGCGUCACACAGCAGGUGGCGAGGCACGCCCGAGGCCUAUGAGGGGCUGGGCAUCCGCUACCUGGGUGUCGAGGCCCAUGACUCGCCAGCCUUUGACAUGAGCAUCCACUUCCAGACGGCUGCCGACUUCAUCCACCGGGCGCUGAGCCAGCCAGGAGGGAAGAUCCUGGUCCACUGCGCCGUGGGAGUGAGCCGGUCCGCCACACUGGUACUGGCCUACCUCAUGCUGUAUCACCGCCUCACCCUCGUGGAGGCCAUCAAGAAAGUCAAGGACCACCGAGGCAUCAUCCCCAACCGGGGCUUCUUGCGGCAGCUCCUGGCCCUGGACCGCAGGCUGCGGCAGGGUCUGGAGGCAUGAGGGGAGGGGAGAGGAGGUCCGGCCAGGUGCAUUUGGCCCUGGCUCCCAGCUGGAGAGAGGAGGCCCAGAUAUCCCAUCCUCUCCUGUGGGCAGGAGAGCAAGAGGGCUGGGGCUCCCACCACUGUCACUAUUGGUCGGGAGGGGGUGGGGAGUGAGGUUGGGCGUUGUGCUGGGCACCCAGGAGGGAGGUGACCAGGGAAGGAAGCAGCUAAGCUGUAGGUAGACGGCAGUCCUGGGAUUCAGACACCCCAGUGACCCAGAGCCCCUUCCCCCCCGCCAUUGUGCCCAAGUGUUCCCUUCGCUCACUUAUCAAAACAGAAGUGCCAUCUCUGUCCUGUGCCCGUGCAAGGAGUCAGGGAUGCUGCAAGCUAGAACGUGACAGUGUAGAUAUAUUGUGUAGAUGGUGGUGUAGAGACAGACGGUAAAGAGAGAGUGUGGAAAGCUGUGAAACCAGAGGGAGACACUCAUAGACUUGUUACUCCAAGCGCAGGAAGAGGAGGCGUGGGAGAACUGGCGCUGUGCCCGUGGGCGCUGGUCUCGGCCAAGAGCUGCAGGGGUGCAUGCCUGGGAGUCUUUGGACCAUCGCUUGCUUUCUGGCGGCAGAUGUCUGGAGGAAAAAUAAAGACAGUGGACAAGACAA